GUGGCUGCUGCUGGUGACACAAGUUUGGGAUGGUUGUGAUGCUCAAAGAGUUUGUAAGUGAAAAUAAAUGUAAUUAUUUUGCAUGAAUAACAUUAGCCGGGAUUGUGGGUUUUGGUUUGACAAUUUUCACUUGGUGCAUAUUUAAUGGUCCUGUCUCUCUCAUUGUUGUUUAAUGCAGCUUUUCCUCAUGUUGUUCCAAACACUUCUCAGCACUAUGAAUACAGCACAUUGUCUUUUAACUGUAAGGAGUUUGACGUGUCUCCUGGAUGGAGACUAAUGAGGAAGGUGCCAACCGAAAGUACAGCAUGUGGGACUAGCUGGGGAGUUUUCAGUGGGUACAUUUGCAUCUUCAAACAUGUUUUUAUGGGAGACAGCGGGCAGUACUGGUGUGAGAGCAGAGAUGGAAAGAAAAGCAACACUGUCAACAUCACCAUUACACCUGGUCCUGUGAUCCUGGAAAGUCCUUUACUUCCUGUGAUGGAGGGAAACACUGUGAGUCUGCGCUGUAAAAACAAGACAGCUUCUACCAAUGCCUCUACUUCUAUUGCCUUCUAUAAAAAUGGCCUCUUUAUCAAAAACAUCUCCACCAGCACUUUGAUCAUCCACAAUAUUAACAAGUCUCAUGAAGGACUCUACAAGUGCAACAUGUCAGGAGCUGGAAAAUCACCUGAGAGCUGGCUGGCUGUGAGAAGCAGAGACAACACAGAUUAUCACAUGAUGACGCUCCUUUGUUAUGAUCAGCUUCCUGUUCUCCUCUACCUCCUGAUAAGGACUGUUGGCACAGUUUUAUGGGUCGCUCUGCUGCUGUUGGUGUUAAGAAAACGUCAGCCUUGGAACAACUGAGGAAGAAAAUGUCCACAAGUACAAAUUACAAAGGGAAUAACAACUGUUGAAUCAAUGUAUAGAAUUUUCAAAAAGUAGAGGGAAGGAAAACAUUUUUUGUUGUCACCAAGGUUCUGUAGUAAGACAAUUUUUUUCUAAGAACAUAUUAACCACUCUAUUGAUGCUUGGUGAGAAAGUCUUAAUCAGUCAACACCGUAAUGUGAUUUUUUUCCCAUCUAUAUGACAUAUUACAAUAAAAGCCUUUGAAAGUUAUUUCUACAGAUAAGUGGGGGGGGAAAGUGUACCUCUAGUUUUCAAAGUCAUAAACUGGCAUUCCCUUCAAUGUUCAGUAAAUUCUACUGUAUGGAAAAAUAUAUCUCUAGAUAAGUGUCCUAUUCACCAACUGUCAUGCUACUGUGGAAAAAACAAACAUUAUAUGAUGUAGCUAUAUAUUUUUAGA